AUUUGAUGGCGAGCAGUCGGAGGUCGGAGGUGACGUCUCAUCCAUCGACUCUCCCUGGAGUCGGUCCAUAGAGGAUCUCCAUGGCGACUGUAGCCUCCCGUCUCCGUCGUCCUCUGUCCCCAGAGCAGCUCGCCACUCCAUCAGCUCCGCUCUGGUGACUCGCUCCAACACGCUGCCAAGUCGUCGGACUCUGAAGAAUUCUCGACUGGUCUGUAAGAAAGACGACGUCCAUGUUUGUGUGAUGUGUCUGAGAGCGAUCAUGAACUACCAGUACGGCUUCAACAUGGUGAUGUCACAUCCUCACGCCGUCAACGAGAUUGCUCUGAGCCUUAACAACAGGAACCCAAGGACGAAGGCUCUCGUGCUCGAGCUCUUGGCCGCCGUGUGUUUGGUCAGAGGAGGUCAUGACAUCAUCCUUUCAGCCUUUGACAACUUUAAAACUGUGUGUUCAGAGUCGAUGCGGUUCGAGAAGUUAAUGGAACAUUUUAAGAACGAAGACGACAACAUCGACUUCUUGGUGGCGUGUAUGCAGUUCAUUAACAUCGUGGUUCAUUCUGUGGAGGACAUGAACUUCAGGGUUCAUCUUCAGUACGACUUCACCAAACUGAACCUGGACGAGCACCUGGAGAGGCUGAAGCACACAGAGAGCGACAGGCUGCAGGUGCAGAUUCAGGCAUACCUGGACAACGUGUUCGACGUCGGGACGCUGCUCGAAGACGCAGAGACGAAAACCGCUGCUCUGGAGAGAGUGGAAGAGCUGGAGGACAGCCUGGGCACGAUGUCUGAGCGUCUCCUGGACGUAGAAAACGAAGCGAUGCUGAAAAUUGUUGAACUGGAGAAACAAUUGAUGCAAACAAACAAGGAGCUGGAUCACUUGCGGGACGUGUACGCCAACACCAACUCUCAGGUGCACACAUUGCGGCGGAUAGUGCGCGAGAAGGACCAGACAAUCCGGCGUCAGAGUCGUCUGGAGCGUCAGGCUCAGGAGGCACAGCACGCCGGAGGACCCGGAGCUCCUCAACCCCAGAGAGGAGAGGGUGACGGGGGCGUGACUGACUCUGCCUCCCCCUCACCUCCCCCCUGCCCUAACCUGUCACCAAG